AUGAUACCCCGGACCCUCCUCCUGCUGCUCUCCGGGGCUCUGGCUCUGACCGGAACCAGGGCAGGUGAGUGCGGGGUCGGGAGGGAAAGAGUAUCUGUGGAGGAGGGACGCCCCUCCCUGAACCCGGGACGCCACGCGGGGAGAAGGGUCAGUGGUCUCAGCCUCUCCCUGCCUCCAGGUCCCCACUCACUGAGGUUUUUCCUCACCGCCGUGUCCCGGCCGGGCCAAGGGGAGCCCCGCUUCAUCGCAGUUGGUUACGUGGACGACACACAGAUCGGGCGGUUCGACAGCGAUGUUGAGAAUCCCAGGGCUGAGCCUCGGGCAUCCUGGAUGCAGCUCAUGGAGUCUGAUUUUUGGGAUGAGAGUACUCGGAUUGCCAAAGUCCGCGAACAGAAUUACCGAGUGCACUUGAAGAACCUGCUUAGCUACUACAACCAGAGUGAUUCAGGGUCUCACACCUACCAGGGUAUGUAUGGCUGCGACAUCGGGCCCGACGGGCGUCUCCUUCGUGGGUACAAUCAGCGAGCAUAUGAUGGUGCCGAUUACAUCUCCCUGAACGAGGACAUGCGUUCCUGGACUGCCGCAGACACCACAGCUCAGAUCACCAAGCGCAAGUGGGAUGAAGCCGGUUCCGCAGAGUACUACAGGGCCUACUUUGUGGAGGGCAGGUUCCUGGAGUGGCUUCACAGAUACCUGGAGAAAGGGAAAGAGACUCUGCUUCGCACAGAACCCCCAAAGACACAUGUGGCUCACCAUCCCAUUUCUGAACAAGAGGUCACACUGAGGUGCUGGGCCCUGGGCUUCUACCCGGCGGAGAUCACCCUGACCUGGCAGCGGGACGGGGAAGAGCUGACCCAGGACACAGAGCUUGUGGAGACCAGACCUACAGGGGACGGGAACUUCCAGAAGUGGGCAGCUGUGGUGGUACCCCCUGGAGAGGAGCAGAAAUACACAUGUCAUGUGCAGCACGAGGGACUGCCCAAGCCCCUCACCCUGAGAUGGGAGCCCCGUUCUCAGUCUGACAUCACCAUCGUGGCAAUCAUUGUUGGCCUGGUUCUCCUUGUGGCCAUUGGAGCUGUGGUGGCUGGAGUUUUUUUCUGGUGGAAGAAGAGCUCAGGUAUAGAAGGGGGUGGGGUCCGAGUUUUCUUGUCCCAGUGGAUGGUUUCAAGUCCCAGGCAGGCAUUGAUAGUGGUAGUCCCCUGGGCUCUGAUGUUUCUCUCCCAGUUUCUAAUGCUUGACAUUGUUGCCUUGUGUGGGACUGAGUGA